UAAUGUUUUGUUUUUCCAUUUUUCCCCUUCGUGAAAAUUGCUAAACCCUUUGUUGAUUUUACAUGUGUCAAAUUCAGUAAAUUUAGAUUCUAGUUUCUACAGAGAACUUUGAGGGAAAUCCUUACGACCAAUUUGCGUAGGAAUCUCUUUAGGUUUUCAGCUUAGUUGCUAAACUUCUCUCAGUUCCUUCAACUUCCCCCAAUUUCACUUUACUCUUUUUCGGUGAAAAUGAUUGCUGAAAAACCUAGUUGGGUUAGACAUGAAGGUAUGCAAAUUUUCUCCAUUGAUGUUCAACCUGGUGGACUCAGAUUCGCUACUGGUGGUGGUGACCACAAGGUUCGCAUAUGGAAUAUGAAGUCUGUUAGUACGGACAUGGAAAAUUAUGACCCUUCUGAUAGGCUUCUUGCGACUCUGCGUGAUCACUUUGGGUCUGUCAAUUGUGUUAGGUGGGCUAAACAUGGAAGGUUUGUUGCAUCAGGGUCUGAUGAUCAGGCAAUAUUAAUUCAUGAGAGAAAGCCUGGUUCAGGAACCACGGAAUUUGGCAGUGGAGAGCCUCCGGAUAUUGAAAACUGGAAAGUUGUAAUGACUCUGAGAGGACACUCUGCUGAUGUGGUGGAUCUUAAUUGGUCUCCUGAUGAUUCUUCGUUGGCUAGUGGGAGUUUGGACAACACUAUCCAUGUAUGGAAUAUGAGCAAUGGUAUUUGCACUGCUGUUUUAAGGGGCCACUCUAGCCUGGUUAAGGGUGUUGCUUGGGAUCCUAUUGGCUCUUUUAUAGCAAGUCAAUCUGACGAUAAAACUGUAAUUAUUUGGCGAACUAGUGAUUGGAGUCUUGCACAUAGGACAGAUGGUCACUGGUCAAAAUCACUCGGAUCAACCUUUUUCAGACGGCUUGGGUGGUCUCCUUGUGGUCAUUUCAUUACCACUACUCAUGGUUUUAAGAAGCCGAGGCAUUCUGCUCCUGUUCUUGAGAGAGGCGAAUGGUCUGCAACAUUUGAUUUCUUAGGACACAAUGCUCCAAUCAUUGUGGUGAAGUUCAAUCAUUUUAUGUUUAAAAAGAGUUCCUCUAAUUCUCAGGAAGCGAAGCCUGAACCUGUCGGGUGGAGCAACGGUGCUUCCAAGACAGGAUCCAAAGAACCACAGCCUUACAAUGUUAUCGCCAUCGGAAGUCAGGAUCGGACUAUAACAGUGUGGACUACUGCUAGUCCCCGUCCUCUAUUUGUUGCCAAGCAUUUUUUUACUCAAAGCGUUGUGGAUUUAUCCUGGAGCCCUGAUGGAUAUUCACUUUUUGCAUGUUCUUUGGAUGGAUCUGUGGGUACAUUUCAUUUUGAGGUAAAAGAACUUGGUCAGAGUUUAGGUGAUGUUGAGCUGGAUGAGGUGAAAAAAAGUCGUUACGGUGAUGUGAGAGGUUGUAAAGUAAACUUAGCAGAAAGUCCGGCACAGUUACUGCUAGAAGCAGCUUCUACCAAGCAAACAUCUAGCAAAAAGGUGGUUACUGAUGCCCAACAAAACAAGAAAAUGGAAAAUGCUUUUGUUAGUGCCAGGGCUAGCGUUGCUACAAAUAAUGCCAAGCCUCAAGUUGAUGACAGUAAGAAGAAUGGAGGUCCUGUUGGUGAUGAAUUAAACAUGGUUACAACCUCCAGUCGGAAUACUAUUCCCGUUAAGCAAAAAGAGUAUAGACGCCCUGAUGGCCGUAAAAGAAUUAUUCCGGUAGUAGUUGGAAUGCCAGUUCAGCAGGAAAACAUUUCUGGUGCAGCUCAGCAAGCACUUGAUUUUCCUCUUGUCUCUUCUAAACGCAGAAAGAAUUCUGACGAAGCUAUUUCUAACGACGAUGACAUAAGAGCUAGUACAUUGGGAGGUGCACAUAUCAGACAUUCAGAUUUAAAAGAAUGUUCUGGGGUUACUGCUAGGGCCAUAAUUUCUGAUGGCCUGAUAAUUGAAAAAAUUCCAGAUACUUCCGGUGAUGGAGGCAUCAAUGUUCAGCAGUUGGGAAAUUCAACGACUUCUAGUUCUUUAGCUGCUUGUAGUGCUACACUUUCUAUUAGAGUAUUUGACAAGAAAGGAGGGGAAGAUACUUCACCUAUUCUUUUGGAAGCACGCCCAAAAGAACACACAGUAAAUGACAUUGUAGGGUUGGGAAAUACGUCUAUGAUGAAAGAAACAGAAAUUGUAUGUACAAGGGGGGAUCAAACACUUUGGUCGGAUAGGAUAUCAGGAAAAGUCACCGUUUUAGCUGGCAACAUAAAUUUUUGGGCAGUUGGGUGUGAAGAUGGAUGUCUUCAGAUUUACACAAAGUGUGGGAGACGAGCAAUGCCUACCAUGAUGACAGGAUCCGCAGCGACAUUUAUAGAUUGUGAUGAGUGCUGGACAUUGUUGCUGGUGACAAGAAAGGGAUCCCUUUAUUUAUGGGAUUUAUUUAAUCGAACUUGUCUCCUUCAAGAUUCAUUGACUUCUUUAGUUGCUUCAAGUCCUAACUCAACCACUAAAGAUGCAGGAACUAUUAAAGUUAUAACUGCAAAGCUAUCAAAAUCUGGUUCACCUCUUGUUGUGUUGGCCACACGCCAUGCUUUUCUAUUUGACAUGAGUGUCAAGUGUUGGUUGAGGGUUGCAGAUGAUUGCUUCCCUGCAUCGAAUUUUGCUAGCUCUUGGAGUUUAGGUUCAAUUCAAAGUGGUGAGCUGGCUGCUUUACAGGUUGAUCUCAGAAAAUAUUUGGCUCGAAAGCCUGGUUGGACAAGAGUGACUGAUGAUGGAGUGCAGACACGUGCUCAUUUGGAAGCUCAAUUGGCUUCUUCCUUGGCUUUGGGAUCUCCCAAUGAAUAUCGCCAAUGCCUAUUGUCCUACGUACGCUUUCUUGCAAGAGAAGCAGAUGAAUCUCGAUUAAGGGAAGUUUGUGAGAGUUUCCUUGGACCUCCAACAGGGAUGGUUGAGGAACCAUCUUCAAAUUCAAAUAACUUAGCAUGGGAUCCUUUUAUACUUGGAAUGAGGAAACACAAGCUUCUCAGGGAAGAUAUUCUUCCAUCGAUGGCGUCGAACAGAAAAGUCCAGAGAUUGCUUAAUGAAUUCAUGGACCUGUUAUCCGAGUAUGAGACAGUCGAUGCCAAUGAAAACCAAACGAAUCUCAUUUUACCUAAGUCAUCUUCACCACCAGCAACCAAACCAACUGAGAGCAGUUCACUAGCAACCGACAAUGAAGUCGGUGCCGAUGCGAAAAAAUUGGAUUAGAAGUAUUCUUACCAUGCAGUCAUAAAUGACCAACUGGAAAAUAUUCAAACAAAAUUUCCAUAUACAUGAUUGAUCAAGUUAACAAAUAUGCAUAAAUCAAGGAAGAAGGUUCCAAACUUAUGCAUCUCACAGUUGGAGGUAAUAUUCAGAGUGUAGGAGUGUAUUAAUAUAGGAUCUGUAAGUACCCUUUAUAGGAAGCAAUCAUAAACUGUCUCCAAAGCAUUAACACACACUUCAAAGGUACCAAAAAUUUGAACUAAAUGUGUCACAUCUAUCUUCUCCCAUCAACCUGUUACUUGCUUCUUGUAAGAUGUUGAAUAAGGGAAAAUAAAUUAAGAGUUUCUUCUCAGUUAAAAAUCCAAUGUAUACUGUUAAAUGUUAGUAAUUUUGUUUAAUGAUUAAUUGUGCUGUUUUUCCUGUG